AUGGCGCAUAGAUAUUCCCCUCUGUUUCUCUGCCUAGAGAGACUACUACUAGUGUUGCUCCUCUACUUCCUCAAUGCUAUCAAGCCGACAACGUGUGAGGUGCCGGCGGUGAUAGUGUUCGGGGACUCGUCGGUGGACGCCGGGAACAACAACGUCAUCUCCACCCUGCUCAAGAGCAACUUCCAGCCCUACGGUCGGGAUUUCGACGGCGGCCGGCCCACGGGCAGAUUCUCCAAUGGCAAGAUCCCGCCGGACUACAUCUCCCAGGCCUUUGGGCUCAAGCCCAAUGUCCCCGCUUACUUGGACCCGAACUAUGGCAUUGCUGAUUUCGUCACCGGAGUUUGCUUCGCUUCCGCCGGUACCGGCUACGACAAUGCCACCUCCGACGUCCUCAAUGUGAUUCCACUUCGGAAAGAACUGGAGUACUACAUGGACUACCAAUCCAAGCUCCGAGCCUACGUGGGCGACCAAAGGGGCAACAAAAUCAUCUCCGAGGCGCUCUACCUAAUGAGCUUGGGGACAAACGACUUCCUCGAGAACUACUACACCUUCCCAACUCGCCGGUCCCAAUUCAACGUGAAGCAGUACCAGGACUUCCUUGUGGAACUCUCUCGAAGCUUCAUCACCGAGCUCUACAAGAUGGGCGCAAGGAAGAUAUCCCUAACGGGCGUCCCUCCGAUGGGUUGCCUGCCCUUGGAGAGGGCCACCAACUUCAUGGACCACCACGGCUGCGUCCGCGAGUACAACGACGUCGCUCUGGAGUUCAACGGGAAGCUCGACGCGAUGGUCGGGCAGCUGAAUAAGGAGUUGGAGGGGCUCAAGGUGGUGUUUACCAGAGACGUCUAUGGGCUGGUGCUUGACAUGAUCACCAAGCCUUCUUCUUAUGGGUUCGAGGUGGCAGGGAUGUCAUGCUGUGCGACGGGGACGUUCGAGAUGGGUUACCUAUGCAACAGACAUUCCAUCACUUGUGAAGACGCCAACAAAUAUGUAUUCUGGGAUGCCUUCCAUCCCUCUGAGAGGACUAACCAAAUUGUUUCUUCCCAUCUCAUCCCUAUUCUCAAGUCCGAGUUCAAAUAA